AUGAAAAAACCUGUGGAUACCCCUCGUACUACUACCUACCUACCUAAGACUUCUUUGAAGCGGGAUCUUUCGGUGAGUCAUCGAGUUCCUCCUGAGCAAAAAUGCGUGACCGACUUGCCAGCUGUGUUUUCAUUCGUGAGUGGAUCAUAUAUGGAUGGAAUAAACAACAGCGCUAUAUUCCUUCCAUACUGUUCAGCAAAAUGGGGAAAAUUUUUUGAGUCCGCGAAGGAUAACAAACACACUUCAGUAACAGUACUGCCUCCGCAGAUUGUUCUUGUCGGGAAUAAAGUCGAUGAAGAACGGCUACGCAAGGUGCAAGUCGACGCUCAUUGUGCGUUCGCAAAGCAACACGAUCUGAAAGCGUUCUAUGUGUCAGCGAAGACCGGCGAUUCGGUGACGAUGAUGUUCAGAAUGAAUGAGACCUAG